UUUCAAAUGUAAAUUCUUAAAAUUCGUUGUUUGUACAUUUCAUUAAAUUAAAUUUUGAGUUAAAAUAAAUAUAAAAAUAUGGAAACAGAAAAGAUUUUAAGCGUAUAUACUAAAUGCAAGUGCACUUGUAAUAAUUUUAAACACAAGAAAAACUGUAACGCGAAAAAACGCCAAAAUGAAAACUUGAUCUAUAAUAUGGAGCAGAGAACUUUUAUUUCCUUUGCAACUGAUAUUGUUUCUAUUAUAGCGUUUAUAUUUUUUGGAUCUGUUAUAUUUUGGUUGGCAAUCACAAGAAUAGUAAUUGAUUUUUUGAGAAAAAUUUAUCUUUCUGAUCGAUGCACAAGGAUUGUUUUUGUAGGACUUUUGACAAUAUUGUUCUUUUCAAUUACAACUCACGUUUUCUUGAAUAAAAGAGCUUGGAAAAUACAAAAUAAUCAAGAGAAGAUAAAACUAACUAAACAAAAUGUCACAGUUGAAAAAGUUCCUGUUGAGUCUCCAAAACUGUCACCGGAACCAGAAUAUUUAAAAGUGACUAUUAAGGAUAAACAGUUGAAGAAACUAAGCAGUGAAAAUAAAACAAAUACAAAUAUACCAAAGAAAUUAACGGUAUCAAUCAUAAAUGAGAAGAAAAAAGAAGUAUUCAAAACAUCAAAGAAUUUCCUUGUUCCAGAAAUGGCAUUAGAAAUGAAGAAUCCUCCAGCACUGCUCGUUAGUUUAAGGGAUAUUAUAUUGGAAAACUAUUAAAUUUGUACAAUCAAAAGGGUAA